AUGGAGUUUGUCUUGUCCGGAUUUACUGAUAAGUCAAGACUGCAGCUCUUCCUGUUUGUGGUGUUGUUGGUAACCUAUAUGAUAACCAUUGUGGGAAACCUUGGACUGGUGAUGCUAAUUUGGGUGGAACCUCGGCUUCACACUCCUAUGUACUUUUUUCUAGGCAAUCUGGGCCUUACGGAUGCUUGCUGCUCCUGCUCCAUUAUCCCCAAAGUGCUGAUGAACAUUGUCACUGGAAACAAAGCCAUUUCCCUCUCUGAAUGUAUGGUACUGUUUUAUUUUCUUUGUUUUGCUGAAACUGCAGAUUGCUUUCUCCUGGCAGCAAUGGCGUAUGACCGUUACAUAGUGAUAUUUAACCCCUUGCUCUAUCCUGUCAUGAUGUCCAAGAAACUCUGCAUUCAUAUUCAUUCAAUAGUAUUCAUAGCUGGUAACCUGCAUUCCAUCAUUCACGUGGGUUUCCUCUUUAGAUUAACUUUCUGUAGGUCUAACAUAAUCAGUCACUUCUACUGUGAUGCCCUUCCACUGUAUAGACUUUCCUGUACUGACCCAUACAUUAAUGUUUUGAUGAUUUUUAUCUUCUCGGGCUCAAUUCAAGUCUUCACGAUAACCACAGUCUUGGUCUCUUACCAUCGCAUUCUCUUCACAAUUUUGACCUUUAAAUCAAAAGAAGGCAGAGGAAGAGCCUUCUCCAUUUGUGCCUCCCACUUUCUAUCUGUCUCCUUGCUCUAUGGUUCCAUUCUAUUCAUGUAUGUUUGGCCUGGCUCGAUUAAAGAAGAGAAUAAGGAUAUACUGGUUGCUGUUUUUUACACAAUAAUAAUUCCCUUGUUGAACCCUUUUAUUUAUAGCAUAAGAAACAAGGAGCUAAUAAGUGUCUUUAGGAAAAUUAUGAAGAGGAGAAUAUUUUUUCAAGAAAUUGCUUGA